AUGAAGGCGUUCAAUUACGAUAAAGCAAACGCAGUAUGGUGGCAUGCGUACAGAAAUCGUCAUUCAAAGGAGUUUUACAGUGUUGAGAUGAUAUUUCGGCAAGCGUUAAAGGACACUUUUCGGGAAUAUGCCGACCAUUCAUCAAUAAGUGGUUUCCAGCAAAUGUGCAAUCCAAAUAUUUCGUAUAAACAAAGGUUAAUCUGGGUACUAGGUUAUGGCAUUAUGCUGGGUAUAAUGUUAUAUUUCUUAAUAUUUUACAUCUGGAUCGACUGCUUGGAUAAACCGUUUGUUGUGACCAUGGAAACUUCAACAUACCCUAUUUCAUUGAUUGAUUUUCCCGCCGUCGCUAUAUGCAAUGUGAACAGGAUUAGUAGAAAGGCACUGCUAAAGUUUGCUCAUGAUAUUCACCCCUUAUUGGCGAAACAUAACGAAUCCAUACUUGAUGUACUGGAUUUCUUCAGACAGUUGGGCAGUUUUAUUGACUUUUCGUACAAUGAAUCUAUGGCGAACCACAAUUUCAACAAGCCAUUCGAGAAAUUAAUGUACGAAUCUAAUGAAGUUUUACACAUUAUGGAGUCGCUUGCACCCUCGUGUGAAGAGAUGCUGCUGGACUGUGUAUGGGCAAAUCGCAAGACAAAUUGCACCGAACUUUUCCAAGUCCGUCGCACCUCACACGGCCACUGCUGCGUCUUCAAUUAUGUACUCGACAAUUAUGAGACCGGUUUAGACCAGGCUAUUCCUCCGAAACCACAGCGUCAGGCAGUGCCAGGAAUUCCCGAAGGUCUAAAUAUAUUGGUGGACCCGUUGGUUGACGACUACGCGUACUCCCUUUACAAUUACUAUGGUAUCGAGGUAUUUCUAUUCGACUCAACUCACUUUCCCGACAUAAGCAGUGGAAGAGUGAUACAUCGGACGGCUCAGCCGAACCAGCGCGCCAUGUUCAACAUCUGGUCAACCACGCAGACUGCUUCCGCUGAAGUGCGCAAAUAUGCUCCGAAAACGUUCUUCAUAAAGUGCGAUUUAUCUCAAAUGAAAUGUGUGUUUCAGCGAGAAUGCUAUUUCCACGACGAAUGCCAGUCUCUGAACAGAUUGUAUUCAUACAGCGCUUGCAUAGUCCAUUGUCGGAUCACAACUAUGAUGAACGUAUGUCGAUGCAUUACGUACUUGUACAAAUCGAUGGCGAACCCAUCGGAUCGUAUCUGUACCUUCGCAGAUCUGCCGUGUCUCAAUCAAAUAAAAGAAAAGUUGUUAUACCUGUAUCCGAAACAACCUACGAACAAAGUUGGGUUGGAACUCGAACUUAUAGAUUCACUUAAAUGUGAUGAUUGUUUAUCGGACUGCCAGCACACGAAGUAUUUCUCUAAAUAUUCCAAAGUACCAUUUGAUAAAUUGUAUCCUCAUGAUAUGAUGUUUGUAGAAUAUGUACGAAACAUGACGGGAAAGAUUUGGCUCUCGGUCUAUAAAGGUUCCCGAGAUGGCGUACUGAACCGCCUUGACGUUGUCUCCUACUGGUUUGAGAUAAUUAGUAUCGUCGGUAGUUUUUAUGGAAUACUUAUUGGAUUAUCUAUCAUUUGUGUGUCUGAAAUCUUCUAUUACUUUUUAGUUCGAUUUUUUAUACGUUUAUAUCGUUUAUGUGUAAAAUAAAUAAA